AUGAAUUUUUUUCAGCGUAAUGGUAAACCCUAUUCAAAACGACAUCCACACAAGCCCUCAAUUAAUUUAAAACAACCUGAUAGUGAAUAUUCUAAAGUUUUUAAAGUUUUUGGAAAUAUAAAAUAUUGGGAUGGUUACGCUUGUCUAUUUUUUGUCGUAUGGAAUAAUGAUCCAGAUUUUCAUAAUGCACUUGGUGAAUUUAUUUAUGAAUCAUCAAUCAUUCAAAAUGAAAUAGAAAAUAUAAUGAUGAACGAUGGAUACGAUGUACGUUGCGAUAUCAUUAGAAAGUAUUUUACAGACUAUUUUCAAAGUAUAAAAUCAAAAGAUGCUGAAUUACGAAAUAAAGUGAUGAGAGAAAUUAUUAAUUAUCUUCAUGAUAAGCAUAGCUUGCCAAGCUUAAGUCAAUUCAAUAUAGAAGACAUGGAUCUGUCACAAAGGCAUCUAUUACGUUUGAUAUGUAUUUAUGGAAUUCAAUCUUGGACUUACCUAUAUUAUGCAAGAUAUAUUUCUUCAUAUCAAUGCAUGACCCAACAGAUGUUUUUAGAGACAAAAAACAGAGAGUUGACCAACGAACUUGAAGCACUUAAAAAUGAAAAAGAAAAAUCAUGGAAAACUCCGAUCAAGAAACAAUCAAGUAAAUUGUCUUUUGGAAGAACAUUACAAGAUGAAGUAAAUAUCUUACUUCAAGAAAACGAACGUUUAAGAGAUGAAGCUGCAAAACAUCAGGCUAAAUUAGGGAACGCCUUGAAUUUCUCAUGGAAAGAUGAUGAUCCUAAUCAUUCUGGUCAGUUAAUAAAAGAAAUUGAUCAUCUUAAACAUGAAUUAUCAACUUUCACUAGUGUAAAAGGAUCUAAAAUAUCUAAAAUAAAAAUUCAUACCCAAGCUGUUAAUGAGCUGUUUAAAAAAUAUAAAUGUUCAAUAACUUCUGAUGAUCCACAAAUGAAACUAAUUCUUGGUGCAGUUUUACAAAGACAUAUAUUUGAAUUUAUUCGUCAAGAAAUAUCAAAUUAUUUUGAAGAUCAACAUGGAAAUUCAUUCUACGAAAACACAAAUCUACCGAAUGAUUUACUUGAAGUUGAAAUUAUAAAAAAAACAAAAGAUUUAAUUAGUUUAACUCAUCGUUUUUCAGAAGUUAACCGAGGAAAUGACGAGUAUACACGUAUUCUUCCAAUAAAGAUACGUCAACAAAUUUACGCUGCUUUAAGUAAUAGAGGAUUUACCAAUCAAGAUCAUCCACUCAUUCAAAAAAUUGCUAAAGAUCUCUUAGAAUUAAUGGAUAAAUACAGAACCAUAGAAUCGAAAGAAAAAAAUAUUCAAUUACAAUCGAAAGCAAAGGAUAUAGUUUAUAAAAUUAUGAAUUUAUUUCAUUUUCGUAUAUAUACUCAAGAACUACCUCCAAAAGUUAUUUUUUAUGAAGGUGGUGACAUUUUUGAUAUUGAAAUUAUGGAAGAAAUCGCAUAUCUAGAGGAUUCAGAGGAUAUUGAAAUUUGUGCAUUUCCUGCAGACCGAUUAAGGCACAUACCUGGUAAAAAGCCGGUAAAUGGAUCGGACCAGACUUAG